AUGCUGCGUGUCGUGACAUCACCGACGUCGGCGUCGAGGGCGGCAGCGGCCGUGGCAAACCGACCUCUGCUUGCGCAGGCCGGCGGCACGCGCGACCUCAACCAGCCCGUUAGCCCGCCCACUGUGCUGCCCACGGAGCCCGAGGCUGUCGAUGCCACACCCACACCGCCGCCACCUGAGGAGCAGCUGCCGGCAAACGCAAAAGGGCCCGAUGACGUGACAGACCUCAAGAACAUCAGCACCGAUGCGGGCGAGGGCCACACACGCGCUGCCAGGAACGCGCCAGGUGCCAGCGACACGAUCACCGGUGGCACCAGCUCCGGCGCGGGCGGGCCGCGCCCGCGUACGCUUCUGGUGCGAGUUGAUGACUACGCCCCUGUGAUCUACAUUCCCGCACCGCUGGUGCAUGCACCCGAGGAGGGCUCCAUUGCGCCGCGGGAGCCGGGGGAGGCUGACCUGGCGCGCCUGCAGCAGCUGCUCAACGCGAGAGUGGAGGCGGUGGUGGCGCGGCCCAUCAUGUACUACAGACCAGCGUCCCCAGGCGGCGAUGUGCACCUGCGCAUCACGCUGCACCCGGGCGCAAACUUCAAAAGGGCAGCGGAGAUUGUCCACAAGACAGCCUCCACUGGCGCGCUGCGCGCCCAGGGCUUCGCCUUCUCGCGCGGCAACCAGACCCUCGAGAACGACGCCAAGCUGAUGCACAGGUUCCUGUGCGACACCGGCCUUUCUGGCGGCGCGUGGCUGCACAUUGCGCCCGCACGCGGCGGCCGCAGCGGGUACCAAACUGUGUCACCGGGGGCGCGGGUGUCGACGUGCGACCUGGAGGUGGUCGCGCCCUGGACUGCCCUGGACUGCCUGACGCCGGACGCGACUCAGCUGGCUGACGAGGCGUGGCAGCCAGAGGUCCUACGGCGUCUGGGCGCGGCCGCGCCGCCCGCGCUUGCUGCCGCUGCGCGUGCCGCCAAGGCCGGCGCGAUACCCGCGCUGCGGGUGAUGGGCCUCGACGUGCUGGUGGCUCCCUCGGACGGCGCGAUCAGAUCAGUUGACGCGUCCAAGGACCCGGUCAUCUGCGUGUGCUGCGAAACAAGGGAGCAGCAGGAGAAGGAGGAGGAGGACCAGGACUUGAGGAUGCAGGAGGAGGAAGAGGAGGAGGAGGUGGUGGGCGGAGGGGCUGGGGCAGCAGCGGCGGCGCCGGCAAGCUUUGAAGCGGAGGGCGCCGAGCUGCGGCUGUUCGGGUCGGAGGGCGCCCUGCUGGCAGCUUGGAGGCAGCACGUCCUGGACUCCGACCCCGAUGCGUUCACGCUCUUCCAGGUGCGCGACAGCAUGGGCGCGCUCGUGGCGCGCUUUCAGCAGCUGCGGGUGGACGGCGGCGGCCUCAACAUCUGCAGGCUGGGCCGUGAGAGCCGCAAGCCGCUGGCCAUCAAGAGCGUUGUUCACACGAGCAACCAGGAGACCUUCAAAGCGGACCCCCAGGGCCGGCUCGUGUUUGACGUGCUGCGGCAGGUCCUGACGGGGCAGGGGCUGGCGACGUUCACGCUCGCGGACUGUGUGCAGAGCCUCCUGGGGGAGACCAUUGAAGUGCUGGCGCCGCACACGCUCGCGGCCCUGGCACAGCAGAUGGCCGCCGGGCCUGCGGGUGGCGGCGGCCGUGCGGCGGCGGCCGCCACGCUCGAGUCGCAGCGGGCGGCGGCCGUGCGGCUGGCGAGGUACACGCGCCGCCGCGUGCUGGCGGUUCGGCGGCUGACGGAGCGGCUGGCGACCCUGCCUGAGAGCUUUGAGAUGGCGCGGGCCACGGGGCUGACAGUCCAGCAGGUCCUCUACAAUGCACAGAUGAUACGCACAUGGAGCCUGCUGCACCGCAACGCCCACCGCAAGGGUUACAUCAUUGGGGGCAAGACUGCGGCCCAGGCGCUGUCUGAGUCGCCGUUCCUCAUGCACCCCAUUGAGGCCAACACGGCGGCGCACUACAGGCAGCCCGUCGCAAUCCUGGAUUUUGCCAGCCUGUACCCCAGCCUGUACCGCGCCUACAACCUCUGCUACACGACACUGGUGCACCCGGAGGACCUGGCGGCGGUGGGGCGCGAGAACUGCACCGUCACGCCCACCGGCGCGGCGUUUGUGAAGCCCGCCCUGCGGUCGGGCAUCCUGCCAGACAUCCUGGCGGCGCUCAUGACAGCCAGGGCCUCCACCCGCGCCCAGCUCAAGGGGGAGAAGGACCCCUCCCAGCGCGCCGUGCUGGAGGGGCGGCAGAAGGCGCUCAAGCUGACGGCCAACGCGCUCUACGGUUUCACCGGCGCCCAGGCGUCCCCGCUGCAGUGUGUCCCGCUGGCGGACUCCUGCCUGGCGCUGGGGGCCGCGGCCUGCAGGGGCGCGGUCGCGCGGAUUGCUGCGCUGAUACAAGAAGGCACUCUGGGUCCAAAGGCGGCGGGGGGGCGCGUCAUCUAUGCCCAGACGGACAGCGUCUUCAUCCACUUCCCAUCUGCCUCGCCCGCCGAAGCCAUCGGGCUUGGCCACGCCGCGGCGGCGGCGGUCACGGCCGGGCUUACGGCCCCAAUGGAGCUCAAGUUUGAACAAGUGGCGGCGCCAUUCCUCCUGCUGCACGUCAACAGGUACGCCGGCCGCGCGUUCGAGACGUCCUCGCAGGCGGAGGAGGGGAGGGGCUCCCUGAUGAUCAAAGGCAUCAAGGCGGGUGUCCUGGACAGGGUGCUGAUGCACGAUGACGUCAGCGGCGCGGUCGAGGUGGUGGAGAGGCAGGUGCGCCGAUUACUCACCGGAGAUGUCACUCUGUGGGAGCUGACCAUGACCGGCGGCCUCUGGCGCCUGACGGGGCAGCAGGUGGCGGCGGCCGCCGCGGCGGCAACUCUGGAGGAAGACGAGGACGAAAUCGGACACAACGGCGGCGGCGGCGGCGGCGCAGGCGCCGGCGCCGCUCCCGGCGGCGCCAGGGGAGGCGGGAGGGGGGCCGGCGGCGGCGGGGCGGCGCAGGAGGCCGCCGUAGCUGCGGCGGCGGGGGGCGGCGAAGAUGUGAAGGGGCCGCACGCGAGCCUGGCGGUGCGGCUGACUCAGCGCGACCCUGACAGGAGCUUUGUGCUGGGGGAGAGGCUGCCGUAUGUACUGCUGGCAGGUGCCCGCAAGCAGGAUGACGCGGCAGAGGACCCCCUGACAGCGUGCCUGCAGGGCCUGGCCCCAGACACCAAGCUGUACUGGACCAACAAGCUGCAGCUCGGCGGCGGCGGCCUGUUUGGCGCCCGGGCCGGCGGCGCCCCGGGGCCCUCGGCCGUGGACCCGGGCCUCUGCGAUGCCUGCCGCGCCAAAGCGGGCGCCUGGACGGCCGCGUACGCGUCGGUGCUCGCCGACGCAAACCGCUCGGAGAUCGCCGGGGCGCGCGCCGCCGCCGCCUGCCGCGCGUGCCACAGCGGGGGCGCGCUGCUGGGGCCCGUGCUGUGCAUGAACGGGGAGUGCCCGGUGCUGUAUCAUCGGGAGGGCGCGCCGCGGGCAGAGGCGGCCGCAUACCGCCGGCUGGGGCGGCUUGAGGCGUCGGCGUCGGCCGGCUGUGCACCAUUCACCUGGUGA